AUGGCGGAAGAUAUUUUGCGAAGGUUACAGCAGACACACGCGAACAUGACAUACAAUGAACACAUUUAUAAUGAAGCACUUGGAAAAAAUGAAGAUAAAGUAAUGGCAAUGGUAGGCAAAAAAUUAAGCGACUUUAGAAUGAUAAGCCCUCAGCGAACAACCGAAAAUGAACUAAGUGAUAAAAAUAUACGUGAAACAAACUACGAUAUAGCAGCUUUGCAGCAGCAAGUAGCCGAAUUCGCACCCAGCUUGCUUCCCGAACAAAAACGAGUUUUUGACAAAGUAUUAGGACAAAUUGAAUCUGGAAAUGGUGCACUUUUCUUUUUAGAUGCCGCUGGAGGAACUGGGAAGACAUUUUUGUUAAAUUUAUUAUUAGCGCAAGUACGGAAAGAUAAAAACAUUUCUGUGGCGUAG